UAAAUUGGGUGUACUCUAUUGGGGUGUGUUUGAUACUCUAGUUACAGGUUUUGUUAUGAGCUUUGGGAAACUGAAUGGAGAUUUGAUCCUUGAAGGCGGAGGACAGAGAGAAAAUAAAAUGAUCUCUUCCCAGGGAGGCGCGCGGGCAUCACCCCCCUCAGCCCCACAGUGGUCCCGCCCACAGCCCGGUGGGGCGGGCACGCGGGCGGAGGGGGGGAGAGUGCUGCUUUGUGAAUGACGGGAGCGGCGGGUGACAGAAAACAAACUUCACCAAGAAUAUUUCCGAGCACAGACGUGUUUUACCAUCAGCUGAAAAGUUCGGAGAAGAAGACAAGCCCGUUCCGACCCAGAAGCACCGAGGAAACGCAAAGCCGCCUGCUUGGGAGCGCUAGGAAAGCCUUGAGGAUGUCUCUCAGGUUGAUCGGCGCCGUCUGUCUCUGCUUGUUGGUGGGAAUCGGGGGCGAGCCCUGCCUCAUCAUCAGUGAAAUUAACGCAGACAACCCAAGACUGGACACCACCGAGUUUGUGGAGCUGUACCACACCAGUGGACAGAGGUCGUCGCUGGACGGCUACACACUCGUGUUCUACAACGGCAAUGGGAAUGUAGCCUACAAAGUCCUGGACCUCAGGGGCCACACCACGGACGACCGAGGCUUCUUCCUGGUGGGGUCGGUGGACAUGGUGCCCAAACCGGCCAUCCUCCUGCCACCCAACACGGUCCAGAAUGGCCCGGACGCCAUCGUCCUCUACCACACCAGUGCUGCCCGUUACAGCGAGAAGAUGAACGUCACUGCCGUCGGGCUGGUGGAUGCCGUCGUCUAUAUGACACGUCGCACGGGAGGCGCUGAGUUCCUGGCUGAAAUCCUGACGCCUGGGGAGCCGGCCUUCGUUGAAGACGAGGCUGCCCUGGAGGGGGAUGAGUCCAUCGAGAGGUGCCUGCUCUCUGAGGACCAGUGGGGCUUUCAGGUGUUCUCGCCUUCCCCCGGUCGCCGAAACAACUGCACCCCACCUGCCACACCGGGCACCUUCCCUCUGAUCACGGAGCUGAAGCUCGGUGGGGGACAGGAAGACGGGUUUGUUGAAGUGUCACAGCCCCCAGCUGCUGGUCCCGUUGUGUUGGUGGUGCUGGACGGGAAAACAGACCGGGUCAGUGUCAGCGUGGACGUGGACGACUCCAGAAAUGGAUUUAUCACAGUAGCCGUUGACAAGAAAUACAUGAAAGGAGACCAGGCUGGUGCUGUGGCCCUCUACAGCGGCAGAGCCACAGACUUCCCAGUGGGGAGUCCGCUGAGCCAGAGAGACUCUUUAGAUGCAUUUGUGUUCGCCGGACCUGGAGACAAGCCAAGCGCCAACCUCACAGAGACUCUCAUCCCAGGCAGGGAGCCAUACCAGCUUAGUAACAGUUUGAGAGAAGGAGGCUUCUAUCUCAGCCGGUGCGGCUUGGCUACCUGGACCAGAGAUCCUGGAAUCUUCUGGGAGGCACCACAAACACCGGGUCAGCCCAACCAAUGCCCAUGGCCCAAGAUCUGCCCCCACAGUACUGUGACUCCAGGUGGCACGGAUUCCCCGCCUCACCUCCCACCCUGGGGUAAUAGUGACUUCCUGAUCAAUGAGCUGAACACGGACUCCCCCGGAGCUGCAGAAGAUGGAGAGUACAUUGAGCUCUGGCACCCGUCUGGACGCAGAGUCUCCCUGCAGGGGAUCUGGAUUCUGCUUUUCAGUGCGCAUAACAACAAACCCUAUCGAGAGAUCAGUCUGAGCGGACACUUCACCACAGCCAAAGGUUACUUCCUGAUGGGCAGCGACAGGCUGGCGCCGGCUCCGUCGCUUCGCCUGCCUCCCAACACCAUCCAGAACGGCCCGGAUGCUGUGGCGCUCUACCGCAGUCCGUUUGGCCCGCCGUCUGCGAUGCAGCGGGGGAUUCCCACAAAGGGCCUGCUAGAUGCUGUGGUGUAUCGGCAAAGAGGGUCAGAUAAGGAGGCGCAGGAGCUGAGCAAAGCUCUCACUCCGGGACAGUUACCACUGUUGGAAGAUCCAGAAGUUCUGCCUGGAGAUGAGGCGCUCAGCCGCUGCAGAGGCCUUUACCCCUUUGACCUGUCUGCUUUCUCAGUGGCUGCACCCACCCCUCUGAGAGAAAACAGGUGCCCCCGUCCUCCUCCAGCUCCUGAAGGUGUUGUAAUACACGAGGUGUCGAGUGGCCACUGGACCAAUCACAGUCAUCAGAAGGCCUUUGUGGAGCUCCACGGGCCGCCCAUGACAGACCUGACAGGUUUGGUUCUGUCCGUGUUUGACCAGGAGCGCAGGGGCACGGUCAUUGCUCUGCCCCUGACUGGUUCCAUCAACCUGAAUGGUUUCUACAUCGUUGGAAACGUCACCGGAGCAGAUCAGACUUUCCCAGAAGGCUCCACUGUGCCAACACGAGGAGCAGUGGUUCUGUGCUACGACCUGUUCAGCAUCUGCAGAGCUGGCAGUGCGCUGACCAACGCCAGCCUCAGGGAUGUGCUGCUGUUCAGUGAAAACCAGUGGCUGCUGUCCUCCCUUUCCACCACUAGGGGGAGACAAGUAUUACCAGCUGUCAGGUCGGUGGAAGACGGUCCCGUCUCGCUCAGCAGGUGUUCGUGCUGCGAGGUGAGAAGCUCCUCCUCCUGGACGAGCUCGUCCCCUACGCCUAGCCACACCAACCUCUGUCCGAGCCCCGCCUUUUCAAGUCAAGUCGACCUUUGUCUCGGACCCCCGUCCUUCGAGCAGUCAGGAGACUGUGCUGAAGUGACUCACAGAAAGAGGAUGAUGGACGUGGCUCAGUAUUUAGAGCAGAGGUGUCACUGUGGCAUUUCGGCGUUGUAUCUUCAAGGGACUAACUCCUCCUGCAUGUCCGGCUGGAUGCGAGUUUGGGGGAACAUCCAGGCGCUCUCAGACCAUCAGAGAGCCCUCAUCAUUCAGACGUUGCUCUCAAGCCCCGCUCCUCCUCAGGCGGACACCUGCUCCUCUCCCAUCACCGGCCACUACAUCGGCAAAACUUCAGCCCUGGGGUUGCAGAUAGGACUGAUGGUAGUAGUGCUGCUGCUGCUGGGACUAGGAGGAGCCCUGUUUACACAUUUCUACAGGAGGAGGCGCCCUCUGGACUACUCCACCAUGGAGCUGAGUGAACAUGCAGAGGGACUGUCUGAUCUAUAAUCCAGGCUUUGAGGCUUCACGGAGAGAGGAAGCAGGGGACAUCAGAGGCCCGUUUGAAGUAUACACAAAUCAUUUUGAGGCUGUUCUGAAGCGAACGCCGUCACAAGCGCCUCCUUCUGUCAUCGGAGGCUUGUGAAAGUGACUUCUAAUAGUUUAUUAACAGUUCCAGUCGUGUCAAGUGGCUCCAAUAUCAUCAAAUCACACGAUCUAAGAUAACACUUUAAAAGACUGAUAGUUGCUUGGUAGGGAAAUGAAGUUAUUUUUACUUUUGUUCUUUUCUGGCUUAAAUAAAUUUGAUUAAUUUCAUGCGGGAAGCUCAGCUGGCACUGAAGUGUUUUAGUAUUGAGAGGAUUUGUGUUAAAGACAAUAUUAGAGUUUCUUUCAACUCGGCCCUGCCUGUUUAUCCUGCCAUGUUUAAACUGUAAAAGUCCCAGUUGUGCCGUGUUUUUAACCACUUUUUUUGUGCUUGUUUGAAGCAAACUGUUUACGUUGUCCUAAAAGAAAAAGAUGUGCAAGACUAAUCUAGUAAUUUCUUAAAUGUUAGUUUUUGGAGAUAAAUGAUUGUUUUGUAUUCAGAGCUGUUUUAUGUUUGUUUUAGGGAUGUAAAAGCCUCUCAUGUGUGUUUUAAUGCAUGUUGUUUUUUAAAAGAUACUUGUUGCUUUUCUCCUUGGAUAAGUUCGUUUUUCAUCUUUUCACAUUUUUUCACUUUAUUAAUCAAACUUGCAAAAACAAUUGCAAAAUAUCAAAGUUUGAUAGGAAAACAAUCAGAUUCUUCUCCAUGUUUGUUUUAGACGAGACUUCUUCUUCUGCCACAAAUAUUUAUGCCAAGAUUUAGCACCCUCUAGUGGUUGUCAGAGGAAACUACCGCUAAAGGAUAACCGGUUUACUUGGAAAAUAACAAAUAUAUGAACCUAUUUAUGUCUUUAAAAAAAAAUAAAAUAAAAUAA